AUGCAUCUUUCAACCUUGAGUCUGCUGUUUUCAAUUGCCCUGGCCGAGGCCGCAUCUCCCGUCAAGCCGCACAAGCACCAGGCUAACGAAGAGCCCGAUUACCCCGCAAGAUGUUAUCCUGAUCCCUGCAAAGGCGUAACCUACCAAAACUCAAGUGCCGUCUGCGGUGAUCCAAGACUCGGUCCAACAAAACUUCCGGGCUAUUUCCCUCUCACAAACGAGCUCGAGACAUACGCCCGCUUUGGCAAUCUAUGCCCCCUCGAGUUCCUAGAGAAAUGGACCGUCAAUGCCACAGACCCAAAAGCGUACUGGAUCUACCCCGAUAGCAAUGGAUUCGUCGCAUCCACCGAGCAAAUCUCUAUCCUUGGAAACGUUACCCUCCGCGUCGGCCAAAAGCUGGACAGAUUCGGUGCCGAGACAGGGAAAUUCCUGGCGCCACUUGGUGCACCCUAUAUUGAGCGAGCAUUGCCUCCGUCCAAUCUCUUCGCGCCUGAGAACAGCAGCUUCCCGUACAACUACCAUGUGUACGAAGUGACCAAGGAGUUCGAGGUUGCGUUAGGACCAGUUGCAUCGUGGUUCGAGCAGCCUGGAUUCGGGUCCCAGAUACUGGCUUACUCGAGUGUGGCUUCGCUGUUGAAGGAUGGGUUCUUGGAACAGUUGGAGCUGGAGGAUUAUGAUGAGGCUGAUGAGUAUUCGGCGGAUUAUCUGCCUGAUCCUCCUCAGCCUUCUUCAUGA